AAGCAGGCGGAAAAAGCACAGACAAAAUGGUGAACCUUGUAGCAGCACAAAGGCCAUUGUUGCAUGGGCUAAUGAAGAUUGCAGGGGUUCAGCCUUACACGGUGGAGCUCGAGCCAGGCACGGAGAUGAACUUUUGGGUUCCUUGUGAAACAAUCAAGAAACCUAAAAAGGGUGAAAAAAAGGCCACCCAUUUGGAGCCACCAACAAAACCAGUGGUGGUCUUGGUGCAUGGUUUUGCAGCAGAAGGCAUCGUCACAUGGCAGUUCCAAGUCGGUGCUUUAACGAAGAAGUACUCGGUUUAUGUGCCUGAUCUUCUCUUCUUUGGUGGCUCCAUUACCGACAAACCUGACCGGUCACCGACUUUCCAAGCGGAGUACUUGGUUAAGGGUUUGAGGAAACUUGGUGUGGAAAGGUGUGUGGUGGUGGGGUUUAGCUAUGGUGGGAUGGUGGCGUUUAAGAUGGCGGAACUCUACCCUCAUAUGGUGGAGGCCAUGGUGGUUUCUGGCUCGAUCCUGGCCAUGACAGACUCCAUAAGUGUGGAGUCUUUGAACAGACUGGGGUUCUCAUCUUCUGCAGAAUUAUUGUUGCCUAAUUCUGUUAAGGGUCUUAAAGCUCUUCUCUCAGUUGCUGCUCAUAAGAAGCUUUGGUUCCCAGAUCGGCUCCACAAAGACUUCCUUGAGGCGAUGUUUAGCAACAGGAAAGAGAGAGCUGAACUGCUGGAGGGUUUGAUCAUUAGUAAUAAGGAUGCCACUAUUCCCUCUUUCCCACAGAGAAUACAUCUGCUAUGGGGCGAGGAAGAUCAAAUCUUCAAGCAAGAGCUUGCUCACAACAUGAAACAGCAAUUAGGUCAGAAUACAAGCUUCCAAGGCAUAAAGAAAGCAGGCCACUUGGUUCACCUGGAGCGACCCUGUGUGUAUAACAGGUGCCUUAAGCGUUUUCUGGAUUCAUUGUUGCUUGCUGAACAAGUCAACAUAUGAGUCCUUCAAACUUACUGUCAUGAAGACAGGAAAAGGGAUUGGGAUGGGCUGUGGACUCUUGUUGUAAUGGACUAUUUUUAUGCAACUCUUCCAUCUUCUGCCAAAGAAAUGGUUAUAAAAUAAAGGGUAAACUACAUAUUUAGUCACUCAA